AUGACAAUGUACACAAAGACCUACAGAACAGGAGCGGAGGAAGAAUUUCGGUAUGGGAUCUUCAAGAAGAAUUUGGAAGACAUCCGGAGGUUGAACAAAGAGAGGAGAAAGCGCACCGAUGCUCACCACGACAUCAACAUGUACACAGAUUUACUCGACAACGAACUUCCAAUCAACCACCACAUGGAGGUCUUGGUCUCAACCCAAGAUAAAAAAUUUGGAGAGUUGUUCAACAAAACGACAAAAAGUGCCCUUAAAGGUGACCAGAAGUGGAACGAAAUUCCAAGUCUGCCUUCUGGAGACAACCUGCCAAAAUACCACGCCUACUGUGGCGACUACGUUAAAAGUAACACAGAGAGAGUAAAAGUUGAUUUCUGUGGUGAACAGGUCAACCAGGCGUCAUGUGGUUGUUGUUAUGCUACGGCUCUUGCAAACCUUGGGCAAUACCUCUACACCAACUUGACCUAUCAGCAAUAUGGAUGUGUAAAGCAUUCAGCUAUUCCGAAAUUCGGCGUCCAGCGAUACCUCGAUAUCACCUCAACCUCAGCAACGAAGCGAUGUUGUGGAGGGAACAGUAAGGAUGUUAUGAAUGCUGUACCGUCUUUUUCACUUGAGUCUGACUACCC